AUGGGCUUUAAAACGCCCAUGCUGAAGCGGCCAUGCGACUACGACGACCAGCCAUUUCAUUCGAAAAAAUUAUGGAGCAAAAGCGAAACCCGAAUAUGGACAGCAACAAUGUUUAUUGGAACUUGCGUACUCUACGCGUCUCGAAUAGCACUACCAAUUUGUGCAGCGACAAUGUCGCACGAAUAUGGAUGGAAUAAAACAGAUUCGGGGAUAAUCCUUUCCUGUUUCUUCUGGGGCUACGCCAUUACCCAGUUAGUUGCCGGUGGAUUUGCCGAUGCGUAUGGUGGCGAACAAAUCCUGCCCCAUUCAUCAUUUAUCUGGAUCUGCUUAACUAUUUUUACACCUCAAAUCUUUGAUUUUGCCUAUUGGACUGGGUUUCCAAUGAUUGUGUUGACGAUAUUUCGCAUAUUUACCGGGAUUGCACAAGGUUUCCAUAUACCAUCAAUGGCUUCGAUAGUUUCUCGACAUUUGACAACGGUUGAUAAGGGAAAGGUUUUUGGAUUUUGUCUGGCUGGAUCUCAUUUUGGUACGGUAUUGGCUGGUGCUGUUGGGUCUGUAUUGUUAGAUUGGCUUGGAUGGCGAGCACUCUUUCAAGUGAUGGGUAUAAUUUCGCUUUUGUGGUAUUGGUGGUUUCGAACACUUCUAACAAGAGGCUCGGAGCAAAGGGCCACGGGGAAUGAUUCAGAUGACGAUUCAACACCGUUGAAAGAGAAAGAAGAACCUGUACUAAAUCUAAGUCUAAUCGCCGUUCAAAAUGCGGCCCAGGCUGUACCGUGGGGUACUUUAAUUCGCCAUCCUUCGUGGUGGGCAGCCGUCUUCGCGCAGUUCACGGGUGGCUAUGCCUACUUCACCAUGUUCAAUUGGCUUCCAUCGUAUUUCCAUGAGAAUUUCCCGACAGCAAAGGGUGUCGUGUACAAUGUUGUCCCAUCAGCAGCCAUUGUCGUCACAUCUAUGAUCGCGCCAUUUAUUGCCACCAGAUUGAUCUCGUCUGGGAAAUCGAUGACAGCAACAAGGAGGAUUAUGGAGGGAGUUUCCCUGUCCGGUUGUGCGCUAUGUUUCUUCAUGGUUCCAUCGACAAGCACCUUCACAUCAGCCCUUUUCGUUUUCACAUUAGCCAUGGCCGCACGUGGGCUUCAUCAUGGUGGUGUCUCGGUGAAUCCUCACGAUUUUGCUCCUCAUCAUACGGGAGCAGUAUUCGGUAUUUUUAACGCAUUCGGGGCGGUUACUGGAUUUGUUGGUGUCUACGUCGCUGGCCAUAUUCUCGAGGCUACAGAUAAUAAUUGGGGGUACGUCUUUGUCACAACCGGUCUCCAAGCUGUCAUUGGAGCCAUCGUCUACGGGUGCUACGGAACGGGAAAUAAAAUUAUU